GAAGAUAGGUCUUGAUUUUACUUUUAUCUUUGGUAAAAGAACAAUAAUCGACCAUGUCAGUGAAUGAAAACUGUCAUGCUGAAGACGAUAUCGAAGAUCCUAUCACAGAUAUUGUAGAUUAUUUAGUGAGAUGCGCAAAGAUAUCUAUAAAAACUGCUCACGUUAAUGAAACAGAAAUACGGACACGGGACAAAAUAAAGUUGGCCUGUGAUCUCUUUAAAAGAGCGCCGACUGACUUUUUACUACAAUUUGGAAAAUAUUUAGCACCACAUCACAUAGAAUACUUUGAUAACUAUCGGCCUGAAAGUGGAGAUACCAAAUAUCGGGAAUGUAUAAAGGAAUUAAAACAAUAUCACUCCGAUGAUACAAGGCAUAAAAGAGUGAGAAACCGAAGAUACAAUGCAUUGAAGAAGCUGCAAGAUGAAUCUGAUUAUUUCAGUGAAAAGCAAAUGAUGUACAGAAGCCCGCUGCUCUAUGAUCAACUGGUGGGGCAGUAUUUGACAGAAGCAGAAAUAAAGGAGCGAGACGGGGUGGACAAUGAAAACCUUACAUUUCUAAACUUGAUAUUGGAGACAGUUGAUAGGAAUCAAAUGAGACAAACAAAAGACCAACAAAUGCUUGAGGAAGAUAUAGAGUCUAUGGAUAUUAAUGGACCAAAAGAAGUGGACCAUGAUGAAGAUAAACAGUUUAAGAAAAAGCGAUGGGGUGAGUUUGAUGAUGGUGAAAUACCCGAGUCUUCUUUCAAGCCUGAAGUGAGAACCCAAAACACAAUAACCGCUCCAGAAAGAAGGCUGCUUAGAGAAGAAUUCUUGCAGGAGAUGUACUCCAGCUUUGUGGAAGGCAGAGACGAUAUGGACUACACUACCAUAGACAACAAUGAGCAGUAUGAUGACCUGAAGCAAGUUUCACAAGACGCUGAGGACAAGUACUUUGAUUCCGAGCCAAAUGACUCGGAGAACCUGGAGGAGCACAUGCAACUGGUCACGGAGUACGGAAGGAAAAACUCUACUGACAGUGGCGAAGACCCUUUAGAUUUAUUUAUGGAACAUCUCAAUAAAAGGCAUAUUGAGGGUUGAAA